AUGCUUUUUGCGGCCUUUGUUUCCAUCUGUUUCAUGGCCAACCACACGCGGUCCUUCGGCGACGACGUUGAACAAAGGGGUUCCUCAGAAGGGGGGCCCUUCGCACUGCCCUCUUCUUCUGCAGCAGCAGCGGCAGCAUCCUCAGCUGUGGGGCCCCCACUCAUGUGCGACAUGAAACUCACACUCGAGAGGGUCAGCGAGCACUUUUACAGAAUCGGAGGGCCCCUUGAAGACCCUUUUCAGGCUCAAGCAACUCAAGACAAGGGGCCACCAGCUCCCCUGAAUCCCUCGCUAGAGCAGGGGGCCACGAAAGUUCGAGGCUACCCGCUGAUGAGUGGAGGUGAUUCUGCAGAUAGCAGCAUGCGGCGGCAACAUGAUUU